UCCCCGCGAGUGUCCCUGAUGCCCAGGAGUGUGCUCCCCACCCACCGGCUACCUCUCCUGACUCAGUAGUUACUUGAUUUGUUAUAGUUUGGAGAUUUUUUUUUUAAAUUGUCCACGGAUCUUUUAUUUUAUUUAUUCUUAUGCGAUGCUGAGGAUCGAACCCAGGGCUCUUCCACUGAGUCCCAGUCCCUUGGAGAUUUUUUAACCUCAAGAAGUACAUUUUCUCUUCCUUAAGCUGUUUCUUCCUGGGAAUACUGAUCCGCCUUCAUCUCACUGAAGCAUCAUGAAGUCACACCAUUCUGCUGUGCUUAUGCUAGCCUUCCUGACACUCCUGAUGUGGCUCCCUGGGUCACUGAGCUGCAACAAAGCACUGUGUGCUAGUGACGUCAGCAAAUGCCUCAUUCAGGAGCUCUGCCAGUGCCGGCCCGGCGAGGGGAACUGCUCCUGCUGUAAGGAGUGCAUGCUGUGUCUCGGGGCCCUCUGGGACGAGUGCUGUGACUGUGUGGGCAUGUGCAACCCUCGGAACUACAGCGACACGCCACCCACCUCUAAGAGCACGGUGGAGGACCUUCACGAGCCCAUCCCCUCGCUCUUCCGGGCGCUCACUGAGGGGGACACCCAGUUGAACUGGAACAUCGUCUCCUUCCCUGUGGCGGAGGAGCUCUCGCACCACGAGAACCUCGUCUCCUUUCUCGAGACGGUCAAUCAGCCUCACCAGCAGAACGUGUCUGUCCCCAGCAACAAUGUGCACGCGCCUUACUCCAGUGACAAAGAGCACAUGUGCACAGUGGUGUACUUUGACGAUUGCAUGUCCAUACAUCAGUGUAAGAUAUCCUGCGAGUCCAUGGGCGCAUCGAAAUACCGCUGGUUCCACAAUGCCUGCUGCGAGUGCAUCGGCCCCGAGUGCAUUGACUACGGCAGUAAGACUGUCAAAUGUAUGAACUGCAUGUUCUAAAGAAGGAAGAGAAACAGGAACCCAAGCACUCACAAUCACAAGAAAGGUGUGAGCAUGACUCAGUGAGUCCACUGGUUGGAUCAGAAUACCAGCAAGUUCCAAAGGUGCAAGGGCUGGGAAGGAGGUGCCAUGUGAGGGUGCUGGGUGCUGGGGUGGGUUAGACACAUGCGUACUACCACUCCCUCCUCUCCGUGCCCCUGGCUGCACACCUCUCCCUUGUUAUACAUGCACAGCACUGGUGUAGGAGAAGCCUCCAAAGCCUUUGUGCCCAACACAAAGCCUGGUACUGCUCCCUUCUUGUGUUCCAAGCACUUUCCAGUGUUUGCAGAACCCACUCAAGUGAGUUAGGGCUCCCUCAGUGCCUGCGACUCCUGGGACCUACCUGUUUCCAUAGCUGUGUGCCACUCUUCACUGUGCCUUAUGUCUCUCUGCUUUAUGAACAGAGGGGAUGUUCAAAGACAUCUCUGAAAACCAUGAAAAUCACCUUAGUAAGCGUCCGCAUUGGUUCUAGAAAGCAGGUGCCCGCUACAUUUUACAUUUGAGAGCCCUUAUGCGCUAGAAGCCCUGCCCCGCCAGGGACAAUGCUCUAGGGCAGAUCUCUUGUCUGCCCACCCGGAGUGCUCAGCUGGGUGUCAGGGUGCACCGUGAGACUGUGUGGCGCACUCCGCCAGGGCAAGUAACUGGCGUCUUAGGUGCCAGCGAGGAGCACUGGGCGCAGCAGGACUGCCGAGCCAACUCUACUUAGCCUGCAGAAAAGCAUUCUGUCCUCUGGGCAGGUGGGUGGCUGGUAGCCAGGCCACGUGGAGGUGACAAUGAGCCUCAGCCCUGUGGAGACAGAGCCGGUUCCCCAGCCCACACAGAAUCAGAAGAGAAUUCAAGAUAUGAACAGGGCGGGCUGGAAGUGCUGGGAGGGCGCUGAGGACAGCCACAUGACACGAGGCCAUGCCCAUGGGGGCGGUUGUAUCUGGAUCUCUUGCUCUUAUUAAAUAGGCAUCAGAUCGUGGGAGGUUGGAAUUCUGAAAUAUUUUUAAGAAUAUCUGUUCAAGAUUCUGUACACUCCAAAUACACUGCAGGAUUAUUUAGUCAGCUUUUUAUAUAAUGUCUCAGUGGAGAUAAGCUUAAAUACUCUGUCCUUCAUAGAAUCCCAAACUUCAAGUAUGAAUCUAAAACAUAAAUAUUUUUAUUAUACAAACUCUUGAUUUUACAAACUUUCUAAUUUCUCUAGUGAAUAUUUGAAUUAUAAGUAACUUUUUAGGAAUACCUCUUUGUAUGUCUUCAUAUUUUAGUGUACGCACAUAGAUAAUGCUGUUGGUAGUUUGUAUUAUUCAUUAUCUGAACAGUAGUUAUCGGGUCAUUUGUAACAUUGUGAUUACAAUAAAGUUCACAGCUGGAUCACAUUUCUGCUCUGAGGUCACUAACGAAGGUCACAGGGACUUAGGUAUUUUGGCCUCUUAGGAAGCUGAGCUUUAUGGCUCUUGGGACAUCCUGUGCCUGGAGGCUCCUGGCACCUUUCCUUAACCCCUCCUCACCAGCACCUUCGAGGCCAAGGCCAGGGAAGGAGUCCGCUGCCUCAUUUCAGCUUCACUGCUUUCCAGGUGGCUUUAUGCCUACGAGUGGAGGAAUGCUUCUGGGUUGGUUGGGAACACAGUGGAUAUUUUCUUAACAGUGACAAACAUGUUGAAGUGCAUUGAUCACCAUUUUUUAGCUUUCAUUAUGAAGUUGUAAAAUGCUGUACUUUUUUCCACCUUUACGUUUCUCGGAACCCCAUUCUCACUGCAAGGGAUCCCAAUGGAGUGGUCCAUUGUGCUCACCUGCUUCUCUCUCCUGGUUUGCCAAGGGAUGAAGAAAACCUUAGGGUCCCACUUCCAGUUCUCUGGUGGCCUCUAGGUUCUGCAUGUGAAUGUUUUUCCAGAGUGAAAGCAUAGUACCAGAGAGGCCAGCAGCCUCGCAAAACACAGACCCUUUCUACCACGCAGAACGUUCACGCCCAUGCUGAUGGUCAGAAGAAAGUCUUUUUAUUUUAAUCAAAAAUUGAGUGGUCACCUGUGUUAUAGCCAUAUCUAAGCUGGGGGGGGCCCUGUGAGAGGUGUGCAUCAGCCGCUGUCCUGUGGCGGGGCGUGUGCUAACCAGCUCUGCCCUCCCUCCCGUGAUGUUGUGACUAUCGUGACUGAGUUCACAGUGGUUGCCCCAAAUCAGUCGACAGUUCAAAUAAAAUCUCACAUCUGUUCACAAGGCUGCUCUUAAAGGGAGGCCACCAUGUAGCAGUGCCAGAACACAAAACAGGUGUCAGGCAGCAUGGAAUGCAGGAGAGAAACCGAGAAUUCAGUGGAGAGUGAGGGAACUCAGCCACGUUUUCAAAGUUAGUUUUGAGAAAGCCACUUUGAAGUUUUCCAGGUCUAUGCUGCACUCCUAAGAGUGGGUUUACUGUGUUCUAGAUGAUAUACAACAUGUAAAAUAGGUAUCUUUUCUUUGGUUGUCUCUAUAAACAAAAAAGUAUUUUAAUAAAAACUUGAAAUGAA